GUGAAUACUGCUGCUGGUGCUCUUAGCAACGGUGCCUCGGCAACAGAGCCACGGCAACKGAGCACCACGACAACGGAGUGCUGUGUCUCCCCUUAUGGAGCUUCCAUUGGGCGGGCCGGCGCUGAGGCACUACACCCGCAGCAGACCUAGACCACACCGACAAAAUCAACACCUCCGCCCCAGCAGACCAAAGGAAUCGGUGGUUGACAAUGAAAAUGGAGUCCCUGAUCACAUGGGGCGAGUUGAUGAGGGAGUUGAGGAGUUCUUUACUAAGCGAGUCCUUCCUGUCGACACCGUGAAAACACUGAAUGAGUCUGAGGAAACUCCCAUUACUGAACAGGAAGUGGAAGUAGCGCCUGCUWGCGCCGCCCCUUGCCCCGCCCCUUCCAGAACCCUACGGAGGAAGCUGGGCGAGUUCUUCACCCUUAAAAAGCGGAGGGCUGUGAAAUCAGAGGGAAGCCAAGAGGGGAAGGCCAAGAAGACCUCCAUCGCCGACCUAAUUCGGCCUCUUAGGGAGGCCACCAGAGCUGAAAAAGAUCAAGUGAAGGAGAAUGAAAAAGUGAAAGAGAAGGAGAGUGUGGAUGACAGCUUUGUGACAGGAGAUCCAGUGGAAGCAGAAACCCCUCCUGAUGGUCCCACUCCACUGAGGGGUGAGGCUCCACCCCGUCGUGCGCUAAGAGAGGGGAAGUCACAGUCUCUCAUUCUGCUCUCUGGAUCCGGAGCCAACGCUGGGAACACCAAGAACACUGCACAAGGGAAGUUUCAGAAACACUCGUCUGAUAGCCAUCAUGGCUUUGAGCAGCGCCUCCAGCUCAUGCUACAACGUAUUGGUGUGUCCAAAGCUCAGCCAGGAGAGACACAGAGUCAGGAGAGAGAGAUGAAAAAAGCUGAAUCAGAGGGCACUAUCAUCGAUAAUAAACCUGAGCCCCCACCCACAUUUAUGAAGCCCCGGACCAUGUCCACCUCAUCAGAUACGAGACGAGCAGUACGACAGAGUGUGUCCGCACAUGAGUCAGCUGGGAAACCUGCUCUGCCUCCUAAGCCAAUAAUUAAGCGAGGCCCAACCCCACCUCCCACUAUUUCCGGUCAUCUCACCCCUGAGAAUGACCUAGCCCAAAUACAGGAAGGAGAAGCGUGUUCCCCCACAGACCCCACCCCUAGUAUCACUGAUACCCCUACCAGUUCUAAACCUAUCCCCACUGACACCACUAUUCCCAUCACUGUCCCAGAUCCCACUAACUCUUCUAUUCCCACUGACACCAUCAUUCCCUCCCCUGUCCCAGAUCCCACUAACUCUUCUAUUCCCAUUGACACCAUCAUUCCCUCCCCUGUCCCAGAUCCCACUAACUCUUCUAUUCCCAUUGACACCAUCAUUCCCUCCCCUGUCCCAGAUCCCACUAACUAUUCUAUUCCCAUUGACACCAUCAUUCCCUCCCCUGUCCCAGAUCCCACUAACUAUUCUAUUCUCACUGACACCAUCAUUCCCUCCCCUGUCCCAGAUCCCACUAACUCUUCCAUCCCCGUUUCUACUACCGCUACUUCCUCUAAUUCAAUCCCCAAUGACAUCAUCCCCUCUACAAUGUCUGCACCUACCCCUAUCAAUACUACAGCCUCCACUCCCAACACCACCAACUUCAUCCCCAGUACUAAYCCUGCCACAACCACUACCAUUACCUCCAUUACAACUACAUCUGGCCCUAUGAAUAUUACAACUUCCACCCCCCCUACUGACAUGAACUUUGGCUCUAUCCCCACUAUUACCCCCACCCUAACUCCCACUGCCUCCACUGACUCCACCACCCCAACCACCUCUGCGUCGUCCAUCCCUAAUCUAGCCACAAUCACCAUUACAAGCAUUACUGCCCCAACACCUGUUAACCCUAAUACUGAUACCCAUACAUCAACAACCCCCACCACUAAUGCUUCUACCCCUACCCUUACUGAUACUACUGCCUCGACAACUCCAACACUAAAUACUCCCAUCUCCAUAAUUGCUUCUGCUGGCAACAACAUUUCUACUCCCACCCCCACUACCUCUCUGUGUCUCACCCCCACUAACUCUCUGUGUCCCACCCCCACUACCCUAAUUACUAAUUCAGUUACCCCACCUCCAUCUCCUGCUGCUACUAUAACAACCUCGACCCUUAAUUCUAUGAAUGGUGCUUCCACUCCUACCCAUAUCUCCAUAAACUCCACUGACUCCAACGCUACCCAAACCGGAACUCACAAUACCAGCGCAACUAACUCUGUCAACUUCACUUCUACCUCAAGCCCCACUAACUCUACUAGUCCUAUCCCUACUUGCUCUACCAGCUCAACUUCCACUAACUGUGCUGCUCACACUGCUACUAUCCCUAGCAGUCCGAUUCCAAUUAUCUCUACUAAUCACUCCCCCACUGUCACUUCUAUCCCCACUGCCACUCACUCAACUAACUCCAUCAAUAUUUCCUCCCCCACAUUCUCUUCUACUCACACCACUACUAACACUACUAGUCCCAUCCCAACUAACUCUACUAGCCUGACCACUACCCCCACCCCCAUUAMCUCUAGCCCCGUCACCACUAUCUCUACAGGCCGUUCUAAUAUCACCACUGCCACUAACUCUUCUGUCCUCAUCAGUAGCCCCAACCCCACUAACUCUACUACCAACACCCCCACUAACCCUUCAAAUCCCACCAACACCACUAAACCUACUAACUCUACUACACACACCACUAUCUCAAUCCCCACUAAUUAUGUUACUCAUAGUCCCACUAACUCUUCUACUCAUAGCCCCACUAACUCUUCCAGUCCAACCCCCACUAACUUUGCUAGACCUACACCAAUUAAUACUAUUCAACCAUCACCUGAGGAGAGAAUUAGCCUUAAUCCUGCAAUGGGACUGCUGUCCAUGACUAAGGGUACAAAUGACCUGAAUGCUGAGAGGGUAGAGAGGAACAAGGAGACAGAAGAGAAACGUAGCAAGGAAGAAGAUGUCAGGAGGGCCACAGAGAAAGAAAAAGAACAGAAAUCAUUGGCGCACAACAUAGGCAAAACCAUAAAAGAGGAGAAGGAGGAGGGUCUGCAGAAGGUGGAUGAGAUCAUGAGGCAGGGAGUAGAAGAGACCAAAUCAAAUGAAGAAAGAGAGUUGUGUAAAAAGGAUGGGGAUAAAAAGAGGGAAGGAGGGACCAAUGUGUCAGAUGAAAAAGAGUUCAAAACUAAGGAGGUGGUAGAGAGCAAGUCAAACAAGGGACCAACUACUGUGAUAGAGGCAGGGGAGACCACAGAAAAAUAAACAGGGGGACAGUCCAUGGGACUGAGUACAGGGACCACAUCACAGCAGAAAACCGCAGAGGGUGGAACAUCGAACCAAAAAACUGAGACCCCCUCUGUGUGACACAAAUGGACUGACCCAGCAACGUGUACUUUUUUUCUCAACCAUGUUUACAUUUGCAUUGCACGUAUUGUAUGAUUAUGUAAUACAUCAACUGUGGUGAAAUAUGUUUACAAUAGAUGGAUAUGAGACACAUAGUUACUUAUGAUAAUUAAAAUGAAUAUUCAUAAUGUCA